GAUGCGCAAGGUCGCCUGGAGUGGGCCGGUAAUUUGUCGUCGUCGCGAGAAAUGUCUGCAAUCUAUAAAGUGUCCCGAUUUCUGCUAAGAAAUCAAUCGCAGAAUAAAAAUGUUCACCAUAAAAUGUACGUCGCCAGACUUUUUCAAACGGCAACGCACCAGGCAAAACCUCCGAGCGUGGUUAAGAUGAGUUUGAUUGGUGCGUCGGUAGGUGUUGUACUCGGUGCAGGUUAUUCUUUCAAUAAAAUUAAUAAGGAUCGAAAAAACAUCGCUAAUGAAGGAACGCAGACUGAAAUUGAGACGCUGAAAUCAAUUCCAGAUAUCAAGCCAUCCAGAAAGGUGAUUUAUCCUGGCGACAACUCUGGACUGAAGCUUACAUUAUUUCAAUACCAAACAUGCCCGUUUUGCUGCAAGGUGCGAGUGUUUUUGGAUUACCAUGGAAUAUCAUACAAUGUUGUUGAAGUGGAUCCAGUUCUAAGAAAUGAAAUUAAAUGGUCGACGUAUAGAAAAGUACCGAUUCUUCUCGCCAAAGUAGAUGGAGGAUAUCAGCCAUUGAUUGAUAGUACCAUGAUAAUAUCCGUUCUUGGAACAAUUUUAGAAGACAAGUAUAAAAAAAUUGAAGACAUUGUCAAGUAUUAUCCAAAAAUGUUUUGCCGAGAUGCAAAAGGAACGUUUAAAGAAGAAAUUGUCAAUAAAUACUUCCUGAUGUAUCAAAACAAUCUGCCAAAGGAAAAGUCUAUGAAUUAUAUCGUAGAGGAACGGAAGUGGCGAAAAUGGGCUGAUGAUGUCCUAGUUCACGUUUUAUCUCCAAACGUUUACAGAACAACAACAGAAGCACGUCAAGCGUUCAACUGGUUUUCCGACGUUGGUAGAUGGGAGGAGUACUUUCCAAUGUGGGAACGCCUGCUCAUGAUCAAUGUGGGAGCCUAUGCAAUGUGGCUGAUAUCGAAAAGGCUCAAAAAAAGACACAGUCUCAAAGAUGACGUUAGGCAGUCACUGUAUGACGAAGUAAACCAUUGGUUGAAUGGCAUUAGUGUUAAAGGAACGCAAUUCAUGGGUGGAUCAGACCCAGAUUUCUCAGACUUAGCUGUCUACGGUAUUUUAAAAAGUAUCGAGGGAUGUGAAGCAUUCAGAGAUUUAUUAGACCACACGAAAGUUGGCGUAUGGUUUAAUGCUAUGCGUGAAAAAAUUGAUUCGAAUCACGGACGACAAUAUGUCAAGUAUUAAAUUGUCAUUAUUAUAAAUUCACAAGUGUAUGUAUUUACUUAUUUGUUAAUUAAUAAAUAUUAAUUAUAGUAUAAA